CCCCAUCAAUUCAAUUAAUUAAUAAAUAAAUUUACUGUAUUAUUGUUGUUAUACAAUUCAAUUCAAUCUCUCACCAUAGAUAUUUAUGGACCUCUCCCUGUAAUUAUUACGCUAAAAAAUAUUUCAAUCUAACGGGGGCUUGCUUGCAGUGAUAAUGAUUUUGCACCGUUUUUUCUAAGCCUUUUGCAUUCCACAGAUCUUCCUAUUUCCAUUUCAGGUAAUGGAAGGCAAGAUGUUACAUUUGCUGGCUAUUUGCUUCUUGCUUGGAUUUGGGAGCUCAAAUGCUGUAUCAAAUGAUUCCUUUUUGGCUGCGGCUUCUCGUAAUGAAAGCCACAAUGAAACACCAUGUCCGGAAGGUUGGGUCAUGGGACCAGCGAAGUCUAUAUGCUUUAGAUAUAUUGGAAAUUCACAAUCUUGGAAUGAGUCAGAAAAGAGUUGUGGAAGUUACCAUGGCCACCUUGUGGCAUUAACAUCAUUAGCAGAACUGAACUUUGUCCAAGACAUGUGUAGUAACGUAACAGGCAGUAAAGAAUGCUGGAUUGGAGGCAGAAGCACCAACACUAGCAGCGCAAUGGACUGGAAGUGGUCUGAUGAUACUUAUAACUGGAACGGAACUCUGCUGACAGUGGUCACAAGAGAUAUGAAGUCUAGUUGCACCAAUUCUUCGUGCUUCAGUUAUUACAAAGAUGUCUCUGCAUCUCUUUGUACUAUGUUAACCAACACAACAGAAUCUCUUGUGGCUGAAAGAUGCAAUGUAUCUCGUCCUUCUAUAUGCAUGCUCGUUGCAGAAAAUAGAUGUCGUCAUAUGCACUGCCACAGGGAAUAUCUCAUCAUACUUGCUAUUGUGAGUGGAUUAAUUCUCUUCACUACAUUUGUGGUGGUUAUAUGGCUACUUGUGUACAAACGGAGCAAACGACGAAAAAAAUCCAGAAAAUUAUCUAAUCCUGCAGAAUUGGCAUUAGUUCCUCCAUCAUGGAAAAUUUUCACCCAUGAAGAACUGAGGUCAAUUACGAAGAACUUCAGCGAAGGUAAUCGUCUUCUUGGCGAUGCUAAGACAGGCGGAACAUAUAGUGGGCUUUUGCCAGAUGGAUCACGGGUGGCGGUGAAAAGGUUGAAACGGUCUACUUUUCAAAGGAAGAAAGAGUUCUAUUCAGAGAUUGGUAGGGUAGCAAGGCUUUGCCAUCCAAGUUUAGUGCAUGUAAAAGGAUGCUGCUACGAUCAUGGUGAUCGCUACAUUGUGUAUGAGUUUGUGGUAAACGGGCCUCUUGAUAGAUGGUUACACCAUGUUCCUGUGGGUGGCAGGACACUAGAUUGGACCAUGCGAAUGAAAGUUGCCACAACUCUUGCACAGGGAAUUGCGUUCCUGCAUGACAAAGUAAAGCCACAAGUUGUGCACCGUGACAUUCGUGCAAGCAAUGUACUUCUUGAUGAAGAUUUUGGUGCGCAUCUAAUGGGUGUCGGGUUAUCAAAGUUUGUACCAUGGGAGGUGAUGCAGGGCAGGACUGUAAUGGCCGGGGGGACCCACGGUUACCUAGCACCAGAGUUCGUUUACAAAAAUGAGCUAACCACAAAGAGCGACGUUUACAGCUUUGGGGUUCUACUACUUGAAAUAAUAAGUGGCCGUAGACCAGCUUCUCAAGGUGCUGAUGCUGUGGGGUGGCAAAGUAUUUUUGAAUGGGCCACCCCGCUUGUACAAUCUCAUCGUUAUUUAGAGCUUCUUGAUCCUGUGAUCUCUGCAUCUUCUUCCACAUCACCUUCUAGAAUACCUGAAUCUGGAGUCGUCCAAAAGGUAGUUGACCUUGUGUAUUCAUGUACUCAAAAUGUACCAUCGAUGCGUCCUAGAAUGUCUCAUGUCGUUCAUCAGCUACAGCAGUUGUCAGCUUAGCAUAGUUCUCUUCACGAUACAUUAUCAAAUCAGGUAUGUUAAUUUCCAUAUGUGGUCAAAUUUCUAUAUUAUUAAGAAAUCAGAAUUCAAAAGAAUGUAUGGCAGCAUUUAGCUUGUUGUACCAUUAGUGGCUGGAAUGCAGUUAUUAUUACCAUAUAUAUGAAGAAAUAUUCAUAUAGCCAAAUAUGACUGGAGAAAAUUUGGUGAAAACCAAAUUAUUUGUUUGUCUUA